AUGGUAGAAGAAAGUUCUCAGCGAGAGGAUAAACAGGCACAGCCCUCGAAUGGAUCGCAACAAGCGCUGAAAGACGAGAAAGUUGCAAAGACGCAGAACAAUAAGAAGGAGGAGGUGGAAGAGCUCUCUGAAGAAGACCUCAAACUCAAAAACAACCUUGAGACUCUCGUUGAAAGGCUUUCGGAGGACGAUGCUAGCCUUUACGAGCCAUCCCUUAUCCAAUUGAAGGAGCUAAUCAGGGAUUCCACGAGUUCUAUGACGGCGGUUCCUAAACCUUUGAAGUUUCUUCGUCCUUCUUAUCCACAAUUAUGCGGCGUUUACGACAAAUGGACGGACAAGAAAUUGAAGUCGCUAAUGGCCGACGCUCUGUCGGUAUUGGGAAUGACAUAUUCCGAUGAGGGCAAGAGGGAUUCACUAAAGUUCAGAUUGCUCUCUGACGAGAAGAAUAUCGAAAGCUGGGGCCACGAGUAUGUGCGUCACCUGGCUUUGGAAAUCGGCGGCGUUUAUAACGAGCAAGUGGAGAAGGAAGCCGGAGACUCUUCGGAAGCUUCCCCCGAGCCUUCCAAGAGUAGCAUCGACUUCGAUGUAUCGAAAGAGUCUUUGAUUCAGCUAUCUUUGGAAAUUGUUCCCUACUUCCUCAAGCACAACGGCGAAGCCGACGCCGUUGACCUGCUUCUAGAGAUCGAAUCCAUCGAUAAACUACCUCAGUUCGUUGACGAGAACACUUUUCAGAGAGUGUGCCAAUACAUGGUUGCCUGCGUCCCGCUCCUACCACCACCUGAUGAUGUGUUCUUUCUACAAACUGCAUAUUCCAUCUACUUGAGUGAAUCGCAGCUGACGGAAGCACUAGCGCUGGCGAUAAGGCUUGAUGACGAAUCCUUGAUUAGAGCUGUCUUUGAUGCUACAACGAACGCUGUAGUACACAAGCAAUUGGCUUACAUAUUGUCUGCUCAGAAGUCUUCUUUCGAAUAUGAAAAUGUUCAGGAUAUCAUUGGCAAUACACACUUGUCGGAGCACUUCCUUUUCCUGGCCAAAGAAUUGAACCUAACUGUUCCAAAGGUUCCAGAAGACAUAUACAAAAGCCACCUGGACAACUCAUCCAAGGGCGUAUUUGCAGGAACAGGCCUUGAUUCUGCCCAACAAAAUCUCGCAGCAUCAUUCGUGAAUGGCUUUUUAAACCUCGGCUACUGUAGCGAUAAGCUAAUCCUCGGGGACGAUAAUUGGGUUUACAAAACAAAGGGCGACGGCAUGACAUCUACUGUCGCUAGCAUAGGAUCAAUUUACCAAUGGAAUCUAGAUGGGCUACAGCAGCUUGACAAGUACCUGUACGUCGAGGAAACGGAGGUGAAAGCGGGUGCUUUGUUAGGAAUAGGUUUAUCAGCUUGCGGUAUUCAUGAUGGCGAUGUUGAGCCAGCAUUGCUACUUUUGCAAGACUAUGUCACAAACUCUGACAAAAAGAUCUCCACAGCCUCUAUUCUAGGUUUAGGCAUAGCCUUUGCUGGCAGCAGAAAUGAUGAGCUGUUGGGCUUGCUUCUUCCAAUCGCCGCGGACACAAGCCUACCUAUUGAGACUUCUGCUAUGGCGUCUCUAGCUCUGGCCCACGCAUUUGUUGGCACAUGCAAUGGCGACAUUACUGCAGCUAUUGUCGACAACCUCUUGGAGCGUACAGCUUCUGAACUCAAGACUGAGUGGACAAGAUUCAUCACUUUGGCUUUGGGUAUUCUAUACAUGGGACAGGGUGACCAAGUCGAAGAUGUUUUGGAAACGAUUUCAGCUGUCGACCAUCCUAUCACUUCAGCAAUUGAGGUGCUGAUCAACGUCUGUGCUUACACUGGUACUGGUGAUGUUUUAUUGAUCCAGGACCUUCUGCAUCGCCUAACUCCCAAGAACAAGGAAGCGGAAGAAGAGAGAGAGGAUGACGAAGAAGAUGUCGAGUUCGCUGAAAGUAUAAAUGACGAGUUAACUGAUGCUCUCAACAUAGGCAAGAGCGAUGAACCUCCAGCAACUGCCGAUGCCGAAGACAAGAUGGACGUUGACGAGAGCAACAAAGAUCAAAGCAAGAAUGACAAAGAAGAAGAUACAAAGAAGAAAGAGGAGGAAGAGAAGAAAGAAGAGGAAGACGAAAAGGAGUUUGCCCUCAUCGACGAGUUGACAUACUCGGUACUUGGUAUCGCAAUGAUCGCAAUGGGCGAGGAGAUCGGCAAGGAAAUGUCUCUCCGCCACUUUAGCCAUCUGAUGCAUUACGGCAAUGAGCACAUCCGCAAAACCGUGCCGCUGGCGAUCGGGCUUCUCUCAGCCUCCGACCCUCAGAUGAAAAUAUUCGACACACUAUCGAGAUUCUCGCACGACCCCGAUUUGGACGUCUCAAUGAACUCUAUCUUCGCCAUGGGCCUUGUAGGCUCCGGUACUAACAACGCCAGACUUGCACAAUUGCUAAGGCAACUAGCCAGUUACUACUCUCGCGAGCAGAAUGCAUUGUUUAUAACAAGACUGUCGCAAGGUCUGAUUCACAUGGGCAAAGGUACUAUGACAUUUGAUGUGUUCAAUGACGCCGGCGUUCUCAACAAGGUUGCCUUGGCUUCCUUGUUGACCGUGCUGGUUGGCCUAGUCACACCUUCGUUCAUGCUUGACCAUCACUACCUAUUCUAUUAUCUGAACAGCGGCGUAAGACCAAAGUACAUCCUUACACUAAACGAAGACGGCGAGCCUAUCAAAGUUAACGUGAGGGUGGGACAGGCGGUUGACACUGUCGGCCAAGCAGGAAAGCCCAAGACAAUAACGGGCUGGAUUACCCACUCAACUCCAGUGCUUCUAGGCCACGGAGAAAGAGCCGAGUUGGAAACCAGCGAAUACAUAAGCUACGCAAGCCGUCUAGAGGGCGUGGUGAUUCUGAGGAAAAACCCAGAUUACCGCGAGGAGGAGUAA